CAGUCAUUAUCAUUUCACCAGUCGUUAUUCAGUCUCUACUCAGCGCUGCAUCUAUAGUCAAUACUGUAUUAUACAUAAUCUGUUCUGAAUAGCCCUUGCGUGAACAUAGCGGCUGGACCGCCGCAUUCACGACCAUGGCAGACACAAAGACGGCCAAGUAUCGUCAGGAGAUCCAGCAGAUGAUGUUCGUCUCUGGUGAGACCGCCGAACCCGCACCGGAAGUCACCUUCCUCAUCGAACAGAUCGUCCAACAACAAGUUCAAGAAAUGCUUCGAGAAUGCACUGCCUUAGCCACCCGCCGCGGCUCUCGAUCCAUUUCCACGGAUGACCUCAUGAUGCUUAUCCGCCACGAUAAAGCCAAAAUUUCCCGUCUACGUACUUUCCUCCAAUGGAAAGAUGUUCGACGCAACGUCAAAGACUCUGAUGACAAGGGCGGCGGCGACGCAGCGGAGCUAGCCGCAGGUGAUGAUAUUCAGGGUGUUGGGGCCUCAGGCCCUGCCGCAGAUGUUGGCAAGAAAGCAAAGCGCACGAAAGUCGACCUCGUAUGGGACGUACAAAGCUUCUUCAGCGAGGUCGUACCCCCACGCGACGAUAUCGAAGACGAGGAGGAAGAAGAGAUGAAUUACGCCACGAUUCAACGUCUUCGCAACGCCGACGAACGUACAAAAGACAUGACGCGAGACGAGUAUGUGCACUGGUCCGACUGUCGUCAAGCCAGUUUUACAUUUCGCAAAGCGAAGCGUUUCCGUGAGUGGGCUGGUGUCGGCGUCAUUCUCGAAACAAAGCCUAACGAUGACACUAUCGACAUCUUGGGAUUCUUGACCUUUGAGAUCGUCCAGACAUUGACCGAAGAGGCGCUCAAGGUCAAGGCCGCGGAGGAUCUGUACAAGAAGAAGACUGGCGCUGCGGGCGGUGGUGACGAGGGCAGUGCGGGCCGCAAGAGAAAGCGUGAGACGGGACUUUUUGACAUGCCAGAUGAAGCGCGUGAGCCAGUGCAACUACAGCAUGUCAAAGAGGCAUAUAGGAGACUCCAGAAACUGCCGAAUAAGAAUAAGGCGAUGCUGGCGUUUACGCGCACUAUGCCGAAGAGCGGGCUGAGGCUGAUCUGAGUGAGAAUAGAGCGUCGGUGUAUCUUGCAAGGAGUCUGGAGGGCUAAGAUACCCAUCUUUGCUGCUAAGUGGCGUUCGGGUUUUAAUUUCGUGGGGAUCACAGCUUAAGGCAAGGUGGGCAGAUUCUGGGGCAUCGUACAUGGCGUAUAGAAAGGGGGCAUAGAGGAACUGUUAUCACACAUAAUCUAUUAAGCUACAUCUCAUAAGACAACAUCAAUUCGGCACCCAUUCUUCAUGAAAUGUAGGUCUUUCAGUAUCUAGUGGCACUACGAGAAAGAAAGACGACAGCUGGAAACAGAGUGUAAGAGCCGCAGAUGCAAACGACAAUAUUUAUAAAACAAGAUUCCGC